UAUAUAUAAUAUUGACUUGAAAGGAAUCAGUAUAAUAUAUGAUGUAUUUGUUAGAUUAUAAGUGGGUUCUGAGAUUUACUCAAGAGGUAUCAGUUUGACCUUUCAGAACAAGCAUUAGAAAUAUGUCUGUCAGUGUGGGAUAUAAAAUUCCAAGGGGGAGAGAUAGAGACAGAAUUAAUGUGGUGCUUGUAGAGGUCAGAGGUUCUAUAUCAACAUAGUGCUGGUGUUAGGAUGUCUGGUGUUUGAUAGAGACAAUUAAAUAAUAUUUGGAGAUAUACAUGUGUAUUGUGACAAUGAGAUCAUUUGUUAAAAAGACAAGAACAGCAAGAAAAAGUUUCAGUGGAAGGCCGGAGGAUGUUGAAAGGAUUGAUGGCCUGGCAGAGACUGAGCUGUUAGAAAAAGAUGAGAUGUAUCAUCAAAGCUACAGGCAGCAAACAAAUGGACAUCAUUCUCCAUCAGGUUAUCAGCACCGUCACAAUUACUAUUAUCAGCAAAACCAGGGAAAUCGAUAUGCUGAGUACCAGCAUGAACAAGUUCGACAGAAUAGAAAUUUUAUGCCUCAUAAUCAAAGGCAAAGAUCUUACCACAGUAAUAAAGAAAAUAAUAAUGAUCCUCAUAAUUUGGAUUAUUACAUGAUAUCAAAAGAUGGAACAGAUCGUCGUGAUUCUUGGAGUUCAGAUGAGCAAAGACAUUCUCGUUCACCGCGCAGGUCAAGGCAUGAUAGUAGAAGGAGAGAAGAGUAUCGCAGAAGGAGUUCCUCUCAAAGAAAGCAUUCUAACAGUCCAAGAGAUUAUACAAACACUAGAAGUUCAAGACAUUACCGAUCUAGAAGUCCAAGAAUUCAUUCUUCUAGAUCUCCUUCAAGAGGCAGGAAAAAGGAAGAUAGAAGCAGGUCAAAGUCAUCAUCUUCAUCAAGAUCAACCUCAGUAACCUCAGCAACAUCAGAUGGUUCAGUCAGACGGAAAAUAUCUCCUGAAAACAGGAAAGUAAAACAUAGAAACAGAAUUACAGAAAGGGUAUCUGAACACAAAAGUAAAAGAACAGUUUACAGGAGAAAUUUCUUUCAGUCUACUUCUCGCAGUUAUUUUGAUAGAAGUCGUUACACAUGGAAGAAACCAGAAACAAAGGUUGAAAUGACAAUUGGAGAUCUGACGAUGUCUCCAAUAUCAAGUGAUGACUUCAGUCAACGAAGUGAGGAGGCAGAGAGUGAAGGGGACAAGGAAGAAACUGGUAUCAGCAUACCAAACAGUAAUGUCAAGGUAGAGGGUGAAAAUAAAACUGGCAACAAUAUGGAAAGCAAAAAGACAAAGGAAGUAAAACCAGUAAAAGAAAUAAGUGAUCAAAUUGCUACAAAUGAAAACACUGUUGCCACAACAGAAUGUGAAGCUAAAAAUGAACACGAGAAGAAUGCAUUAGGUGACGAGAUGACAAAUAAAUCUCAAGAAGUGAAAGAUGUAACUCAAAAAGAUGCAACUAAACAGGAGGCCAAAAGGAAUGUAAAGAGAAAGUCUUCCAGUGGAGAAUUGAAACAUGCAACAAGCGAAAGAAGGCCGUAUAGGAAAGAUAGCUGCAUAGAUUACACUAAAGAACAUUCAAAUCUUAGGAAAAAUACUGAAGAGCAGAUUAAGACUGGUUGUAUUAUAGAUGAAAUGAAUUCAGUAAGAAAGGAUGAAGGAUCUAUAAGUGCAAAUAUCAUGAAAGAUGUAAAAAACAAUGACAUAUGCAAUAAACCCAUUAAAAUGUUGAAAGAAGAGCAGCCCAAAUGUAUGCCUAGCAACAACAAAUCAGCUGUAAGAGAUUCUCUUCUAAAUGCUCAAGUUACUGAUAAUGAUAAAAAUACAACAGAGGAUGAAAAGGCAGAAAAAGUUGAACUUAAGAAAAAAGGAACAGUUGAAGAGCUGAAAGAAACACUUCUCCAAACAAAAAGUAUUGGCAAUGAAAUGAUAGAUAAGAUUGUAUCACUUGUAGCAAGCAAAUCUAAACACAAUGAAUCAGAUCUUAACAUAAAUAAAACUCCGUGUAAAGGAAGAAAAGAAAGGAAAACCAGUGAAAAAUCAACAGAAAGUAAUAAGGAUGAAAAUUUAGCAGAAAGCAAGAAGGGUAAACAUGACAAGUGCUCAAAAGAUGAAGUUAGUGGAAUAAAGUCAAAGUUUGAUGGAAAAAUAAAAAUUCCAAAAGGCAAAAAAGAAGUGGAAAAAUCAGCAUUGAAAAAUCAAAAUACAAAAUCUGCACGUGAAGGUAAACAGAUGAAUAGAGAAAGCACUAAAUUAUUUCAAGAAAGAAACACUGCAAAUAUGGGCAAGGAAGUGAUGAAGAAGACAGAAAACAAAAGACAAGUCUCCAGCAAUGAAAGUACUGAUCAUGACACUUUCAUAGAUGAUACAUUUUUUGACAAAAAUAUGAAGGAACAAAAACAGAAGGAAAAGUCAAUGUCGGGAAGUAAGAGUGUAGAAAAAUCUAUUGACCAAAAUAGUAAAGAAGUUUUAAAGAGGGAAUCAUUGAAAGAAAGUAAUCCAGGUGUUAGCAAACUACAUGACAAAAGAAAUCAUUCACAAUCAAAGGCUUGUUCUGAUGAAGUUAAACAAAACAUACCAAAACAUAGACAUAAUGAAGGACAGUUUACAUUACAGUCUGUUAUUGAAAAAACAUUGGAUCAAGCAUUCAGCCCUGAAUUGAAAAAGUCACCUCCUCCAUAUACCUCACAAUCAAGUGUACAAAAUAAAAGCUAUUAUUUCAGUGGUGGUCUGUCUGCUAAAGAACAGCAGAAUGAAGUGCCAAAAUUUGAUCUAGUAAAUACUAGAUAUGGAAACAAAAAUAACAAAAAAUUGGAUGGAUCUAGUAGUUCACAAGGCAGGUCUUCUGAUAAAAAGGGAAAAGAAAGCUCUCGCCCUGCACCUACAGAUUUAGAUCAGUCCAGGUCCCAUACUUUAAGUAUAAAUGAGAAAAAGAAAUGUUUUGAAGCACGAAUAAAAUCAAAGGAAAAAAAUAAAAGUGAAGAUAUGCGACAGUUUGAUAGCAAUGAACAGUUUGCAAAAAACAAUUCUAAAAAUGUUGAUCCUUUCAGAGAUAAGGAACAUAAAAAAUUACUAGUUUCGCUAGAAAGAUUUGAUAAAAGCAGUUUUCCACAGAAAAAUAGCCCCACAGAGCCCCUGUCAAUUAAUCAGAGGGAAAGAAGACUUUCUGGAGUUGUGGAAAGUAGUAAAUCAAACACAAGAAAGCGCCAUGGUAGUGAAUCAUCUUCACCAGCUGUUGUAAAAGGAACAAUGAACAGGCCAAGCGGUGAUGUGUUUAUCCCUCUUGGAAAACCAUCCGAAAAGAAGCGCAGACUGUCCCAACCCAAUCCAUCCCGGAACCCAGCAGGCCACAUAGUUCAUGUUUCACCUGGCUCUAACACAGGAGAUAUGCCCAAAAUAGACAAAGUGGAAACUGAGCCGGUAAAAGAAAAAGAAAUAAAUUCAUUUGCAGAAACAAAAAAUAAAUUUGAAAACAUUGAUACCAAAGAUCUUACAGAGAAAGUACCACCAGAAGAAAACACUUCUUCAGGACCCAAGAGAAGCUUAUUUGGCAAAAACCAAAAAAGAAUUUCACAUUUCUGUAAUCUGGAUAAAAAUGAUGUUAAAAGCCAAGUACUUAAAGUGCCAAAAAUUAAUUCAUCACCUCAGAAAAGUCCUGCAUCAAAACGUUCACCACAGAAAAAUCCUGCACCAAAACGUCUUAAACACCUAUUCAAACAAUCCCCAGUGCGAAAAUAUUCUAAAGUUAGUCCUGUGGUGCAGAAGGAAGUGAACACAGAGAAAAGAACUGCUGCAUCUAAGGAUACUGGAGGGGUUAUUUCACAUAAUAGCCCAAAUACUGAGACCAAACUUGCUGAGGCACAAGUUACGCUGUCUCCAGUUGAUAACAUCUUUGAGAAAAUGAAAGAAACUACUGAAAGAACUGAUGAAAAAAGAACCUAUGAUGACAAAUCUAAAACUGCUGUGAAAAGAACACAUGAUGAUAAGCUAAAGAAUACAAAUGAAAAAAGGAGAAAACAUGAGGAAAAUGUAACAGAAAGUACUAUAAAAAAACACAAAAAUGUAGUUAGCUCAGAAGGGACAGAGGAGUACAAAAAUGUUAAAGAAGAACAGCAGAUUAGAAGAGAUACUUUAGAAAAGAAAUCAAAGAACAAUAAGUCGGAAUUAAAAGAGUGCAUAGAAAGAAACAGUGUUAAAGAAGAUGACAAAAAUAUAUUAACAACAUCGAACAGACAUAGAUCAAAUUCUAAAAAAACUAAUCCUGAGUCAAAGACUGAUGACAAGUUAGACAAGCAGCAAACUUUGAAAGAUUCUGCAUCACAUGUUUCCAAAUCUGAGAAGCCAAAACAUGGCCAAGAUAUGAGUUGUUUGGAGGCUCAUACAAGGUCUGAAACAGAUAAUUCUGUAUAUGAUGUUAAAGACAAAGACCAUUUUGAAGUUACUAAGAAAAAAAUCAAGAAAUACAGUGAAAGAAGUAAACCUAAAUUGGCUUGUCUACAAACAGGUAUACAAGCAGAUAAAGAAGUAAGUGUUGAUAAGAAAGUGUCAAAAGUUGAAAAAAGAACCAUUCAUACUGAGGUAACGAAAUUGUGUGGGGACAACACCCAAAAAGUCUUAGCAGGUGUAGAAACACAAGAAGAAGGAUUUAAAAAGUUUGAUAAUGUACAGGAACCACAAAAUUUAAAAGAUCAUAUAUCAAAUGUUUCAGAAUUUGAUCAAGCGAAAAGUGAAGAAGUGAAAUGUCCAAAAGGUUGUAUAAAGAGUGGGACAGAAGAUACCACAUGCAUUAAUGAGUUGACUAGUGUUAGGAAAGACAGAGUCAAACUUGAAGUUUUUAAGAAUGAGGUUCAGAAACAUGUUGAUAAAAAGAAGCCAAUAUUGCAGAAUGAAAAACAUGCAAAUAAAGAAAUAAGAGUUGGUAAAAAAGUGUCUGACAAUGAGAAAAAAACUGUUGGUGGUAAGGUGAAAGAUUUUUCAAGUGACGCAACUCAGAAAUUAUUAGGUGAUAUAGAUAGUGUAAGUGAAAAUGAAAAAAGUUAUUUUGUUGAAAAUGUGCAUGUGGGUAAAGGCAUAAACAACGAUAGUAUUCUAAACAACAAUAAAAAGAAUGCAAAGUCAUGUGGUAUUAAAUCUCCAAUGAUUUAUUCAUCUCCAGAAAAAUUGGAUAGUACAGAAUAUGAAAAAAAAGAUGUUAAAGAAAUGAAAGUUGAAAAGCACACAGCUAAAGUUGAGAAAAGAAAAGUUGAUAAGAUAACAAAAUUUGUUGGUAUAAAUUGUGCUACAAGUAAUAAAGCAGAGAAAAUGUCAGAUGGUGCAGAAAAUGAUGACCAGGAUACUAAAGAAAAAGUAAAUCAACACACGUUAAAAGAUGAUAAAACUUACAGUUGUGCAUUUGCUGAGAAAUCUGAAAAUGGUAAUGAUAUAGAAAAUGAGUUUGACCAAACUACACAUAGUGAGACGGUUAAUGCUAAAGAGACAGACAGUCAUAAAAUUAAAGGUAUAGGAGAGGAAAUUACACACGAUGGCUCUGAAUCUGACAUGGAUGAUAUUGAACCAAUAGAAAUGAUUGGCUGUUGUUUUAUGAAUGAUGUUGACAUUGAAGAGCCUGCUGAAAAGAGUUUGAUCUCACAUGUUGAUGUUGAACACAUUGAAACUGACCUUAAAAUCAACUAUUGUGAUGACAAUGUAUUAUUCAGAAACAUAGACACUGAAGAUGUUUUUGAACAUGAUAAUGAAGUUGACAAAAGGGUUUGUAAUGGUGCUGCAAAUGAAGACCUUUUGAGUGAAAAGGAUACUAAAAAUAAUUUGGAAAGAUAUGAUGUUUCUAAAUGUCAAAUGAGUGACAUUGUGAUUGCAAGUAACUGUAAAAACAAAGUUGACAUUAGAAGAGAAACUGGUAGAGAAUGUGCUGAAUUAAAUGAAAACAUUUUAGAAAGUAAUAAGAACACAGAAAGCACAUUUAAGUCACCUGAUAAACCAAAAAAAAGUACACCCCGUAAAAGGUUUACUACUCAGUUAGAAAACUUGGGAAAGAAGAUGGAAGUUGAUAUUGAAGGAUUAAAAGAUAGCGAAGGGACAAAAGCAAAGAUGCCAAUUAACCAAGACAAAAAUGAGAAAAAGAUAGAAACAAAAUGCAGUUGUGAUAAUGGUGGUGAUGAUGAUGAUGAUGAUGAUGCAGAAUUGAUUUCCAGUGGAGUUGAGUUAACACCAACAAAAACAAUAAAAAAGUCUGCAACAAAAACUACUGAAUGGUUACAGAGGGCCAAAAGUACUUUGAAGGUUCCUGCAAGUUUAACGAAAUCAAAAAAGGAGUUACAUCAUACUUCUGCACAGCAGUUUCCCCUAGUGAAUCAGACUGAGAUCAGUAAUGCCCAAGUUACACAACUUAAUUCAGUGCAACAGUCUCAGACACAAACGACUUCGACCAAUUUUAACCAGCAUCAGCAGAAAAUUCAAGAAGUACAUGAGACUUCAGCUCAGUACUUCCAACCUAUUAAUCAGAAGCAAACAAACACUUCUCCAGUUGCACAACUACAAAAUUCAAUGGAGCAUUUCCUACCACAAGGUGUUCAGACCAAAAACAAACAAGGAAGGCAGUCAUUGAUAAACCAAGGGGUGCACCACACUCAGCAGUUCCAGCCUAGAGUUCCUGAGAGACCCAACAGACAGUCAUUAUGGCAAGGACAGCUAGGGAUAGACUAUGCUAUGCAAGCCAAAUCAUCAGAGCAAAGUCUGGCUUAUCAACAAUCUGUCAAUUACAACUAUGUGAUGAACCAGUUAGAUUGUAGUUCUGCCAGUGUUCACCAAAACCCUCACCUGAAUACUGAAAAUGUUAUGCAGGAGGUUCCAUUUUCUUCCCAAAAUGUAGCAAAUAUACCAAUGUUCAAUCCACUGACGGCACCCUUGAUGAACCAGAAUACUCCGGCAUCAAUGAACCAGGGACAAGUUGAUGCAAGGUAUCAAACCAAAUCACUUGUCAAUACAAGUGAUUAUGCAGGUGUGCCCCUUUCUGUGACACAGUCACAAGGUAUACCUGUUGUUUUAGCUGACUGUGUGGGGACUUCUUGGCAAUCAGCAAGUACCAGUAAUGUGAUAACACAAAAUUUGAACUACACUGUGGCUCUGCCACCCAUUGAAAUGCCAGGAGUGCAGGAACCAGUAAGACCAAAUCAGAGUACACAUUCUAGGGAACCAGCUUCAAGACAGAAGACCAGUCCACCUAGGGCAAUCUUCUUUAAACAUUUACCAGAUACAGCCGGACAGUUAAUGACAGAAGCAGCAGUAGAAGAAAAGAGAAAAAAGCUGUAUAGAGAACUAUGUGAUCUGGACAACAUUAACUCUGGAGAUGAUGGGCUUGAUAUUAUGCUGCUAGCUGAGAAAAGCUACCUUAGAGGGAUUACACUGAUUGAUAAAGAUAUUUUGAGUUUAACAGAGAAAAGAUGUGAUACUAUCCUGCAGCAAGGUCAUCAACAACUACCGACAUUGAAGCCAGAUGGGAAAAAGCACAGCAUAGAAGAGAGAGCCAAUUACUUGGGACAGUUGAAAAGGUACCAACAGUAAAUAUGAUAAAGAAAAUACAGUACAAGUAGUUUCUUUGAAGGUGGAAGAAAGUGAAAGGUGUAUGUGUAGAGCAAGAAAAGAACACUAGUAUUCAAAAAUGUCAGUUUUUGAGAACAGAAGAGACGAGUAGAUACUUUGUCAGUGGAACUUUUCUGUUUACAGGGGAAUUCAGGAAUGCUUAUUAAGAGAAUAACGACAUGGACUAUAUAGGUGUAUAUAUUGAUGAACACACUGAGGAAAAAAAGGUAGCAUGGUCUAUAUAAUGCAAAAAAAAAUGAGUACAAAAAAGUCCUAGAACUAUAGUGUGGGUUAUCAGGCUGUGUGUUACUGAAAUUAGACAGCAAACAAGCGACCACAUAGACUGUAUUUAUGUCACAUUGAACAAAAAUGUGAAUAUCAGUCUUUAUAGGACAGAUAAACAAAAAAAUAAGUACAUACAUCAGAAAGAUAUGGUACAAAAGUAUAACAUCAGCAGUGGAAAUCCUGGAUGGAUCUGUUUGCAAAAAUAUAAUCAGGAAUCAAUCUGGGUAUUGCUUAGGGCUGUCAUCAAUAGAAACGAUAUCGAUGUAUCAACGAUUUUUUUUUGUCGAUCGAUUAUCGAUUCCCAUUUUCAAAAAUCGAUAUUUUACAGGGAGAAAAAACUACCCAAAUAAACACUCAGACCCUAAAAAACAACUGAAGUUCACAAAGUUGUAAAUUUGGAUGAAUGCAAAAAGGAGUGAAGGCAAAAUAAAAAUGAAAGAUGUUAUUAAUUUUUAUGUAUUUCUUUUAUUUCAUAAAUACAAAUACAACACAAUCAAACAGAAAUAUGGAAAGUAGGCAAUAAAACUUAAAAUAGCAUUUACAGGAAGGUAUAUAGUAUUAUAUGAACAAAUAGGUCGUUAAUCUAACUUAAUAAUCAAUAUAUCGAUGUAUCGUCGAUAUUUGUCUUCUGAUAUAUCGGUAUCGUCGAUACGCCUAAGACCCAAUCAAUGACAGCCCUAGUAUUGCUUGAAUUAGACAGGAAACAAACAACUACACUGACUACAGAAGUGUUUCAUGACAUUGAAAGAAAAAAU